GUGUCUGGAAGCAAAUCCAUUUUUGAUAAGCGGAUUAGACUACAAUCAGGAGUUGAGUUUUAGAUCGAGAUUGAUCCAUUCACCUGUUUGUUGUCUAAUCUUUUAAAAUAUUUUUCUCGCAAUACUAUUUUUCCAGCAGUUUUCCUUUCCAUCAGUCUAGGCUUCUUGUAUUAAGUCGGCUUUCAAUAUACUGUUCUCUAUAUAAAAAGGCAAGUCUAAGUACUUUUCUUCUGAGAUGGAUAAACUGCCAGGGGUGAACAUAACCGCUGCUAACAGCUCGACUGUGGACCGACUUCGUCCUUCAUUCAUCGAGCAUGGUUCCUACCAGCACCUGGAUCCAGGCGAGCUGCGUGUCCUCGUGCCUGUCAUCCUGGGGGUGGUCUGUGUCCUGGGGCUGGCCAGUACCCUCACAGCCAUGGGCAUCCUGAUCUCCAACGCCCACCGUGGGAAACUCUCCCUCAUCAACGCUCUCAUCCUCAACCUGAUGUUUGCCGACGGCCUUGUCCUGGCGUUCGCCCUUCCAUUCCGCGCUGCUGCCUUCUCCAAACCCACCUGGACGCUUGGCUGGACGGUGUGCAAGACCUGUGAUUGGUUCCUGCAGAGCUGCAUGGCUGCGAAGAGUUUUACCGUAGCGGUGAUGGCUAAGGCUUGUUACCGUUACGUCUCAAACCCAACUAAACAGGUCAGCAUCAGUCUACGCUCCAUCCUAUUGGUGAUGUGGUUCCUCUGGCUGUCUGCUUGCUCUGCCCCCAUCCCUACCUGGCUGUUCUCCUCACUGCAGAGAGAGACCCGGGGGCUGGUGUGUGUGCAGGUGGUUCCCCCCGAGGCGCGGGACUUCAUGUCGGUCUACGUCAAGGCAUACCCCCUGGGUGUGUUCUGCGCCCCUUUGAUUUUCGCCCUGCUGUAUUUCUGGCGGGCGUAUAGGCGGUGCCAGCGCCGCUGUAGUAAGACCCAGAACCUCCGAACGCAGAUCAGAUCCAGGAAGCUCACGCUGAUGCUGUUCAGUCUGACGGUAGCCAUGGCGAUGCUGUGGCUGCCGCAGUGGGUGGUCUGGGUGUGGGAGCGGCACGCUGCAGAGCGAGAGGCACAGGGACCGGGAGAGGAAGGACCCUUUGUCGUCUUCUCUCCCCCUCUCCUCCUUUCCCUCUCCGCCCUGCUCCUCACCUUCUGUCUCUCCCUGGUGAACCCCCUCAUCGUCCUCUCUCUGUCUGAGGAGUUCAGAGAGGGGUACAGGGGUCUGUGGAGGCGCCUUACUCUUCGUAAACACACCCUGUCCAACCCCAAACCCGGCCCCCACGCACCCACCGCCCCCCAGUCCCCCUGCCCACGACCGGAGACCUCAGGCCAGCCGCGGGGAGGAGACGGAAGCCUAGGCCCCAUCCCUAGCCAGGGGACUAGAGUUGAUCCCCAGCCCCAGACGGAGCAGGGAGGGGUGGAGGAGGCGGAGGCGGAGGGAGAGAGCCCCCGGGAUGGGAUCGUGCUGCUGGAUGUGGAGCAGUUCUGGCAUGAGAGAGAGACAGGCUCAAUGACAGAGGAGAAUGAUCCCAUACCCUGGGAGCACCAGGAGGGAGCACCAGCCGAGGGGAGGAAGUGAAGAGAGGAAGUGAGGGAAGGAAGCGAAGGAAGCGAGAAGAGGAGAGCAUACACACACAGACGAACUGGACGGGUUCUAAUAGGCUACUCAAUACUCAGCUACAUCUGUCCUUGUCUACCCCUUGAACUUUGUGUAUCUGUCUGUCUUUUGUGUUUUUUGUGUGAACAAAUUGUGUUACCCACCACCACCAGUGACUUUUAAGCAAAAGGUUGUUUGAGAGUAUUUGGACACUGCCUCAACGAUGCCUGAUACACUAUUUAGCAUCGAGAUCAGCCAGUAAGCCUCCCCUUUCUCUUCCUCUCAGUUAGCGCCACAGCGUUCAAACAACCUUCAAACAACACACACAGUGACAGACUAUAUCAGCAGCUGUAACAGACUGACAUUUGAUUAUACCUCACUGGACUGAAGAUCGGUCAACAAAGGAGUCAACACAGGAGACAACACGGGAGACAACACAGGAGACAACACAGGAGAUAACACAGGAGACAA